AUGUAUACCAAACACAAAGAUUGUAAACAAUUUAUUCGGUGGAAAUGCGUAAAAAGUAGUUCUUUUAAGUGUCCAGCUGUAUUAAAAGUUCUAAGUAUUCAUCACGAGCAUAACCAUGCGGCCGACCAAAAUAAUAUCGAAGCCGUAAAAUCUAAAGCUGAAAUAAAAGAAAUUGCCAAGUUUUCUGGUUCUACGCCUGGUCAAAUUUUCAACGAAGUAAUUAACAAAAUACCAAAACAAGCCUUAAUGAAAAUUCCUACAGAAGAAUCAAUAAAACGAACUAUCCAAAUGCAAAGAAGUGGAAAUAACCCUGUCGAGCCAACAGAUAUUAACGAUUUAAUUAUUGAAGGAGAAUGGUCUUUAUGGAAUAGUCAAAGUUUUCUUUUAUAUGAUAAUAAAUCUGAAAACACUAAUGAGAGGAUUAUAAUGUUUGGUACUGACAACAUGAUACAUUUAUUGAGUCAAUCUAAAGAGUGGUAUAUGGAAGAAUCGUUGAUAUCUUCUUGA